UUCCAGCCACGGCCGGCGCGUUGCAUUGUGGGAGAGGAGCGCGCCCAGCAAAAUGGAGGCGUCGCCGGCGUGAUUGAUGCGAGUGACCCUCGGCCAGGUCCGCAUGAACCUCCGCCGGCAGCCCUGAACCAGAAGCCCCAGGGAGAUGACGAACGAGUCGGGGGCAGACAAGGAGGCGCGCAGGGGCAAACUCUCUCCCGGCGACACCCGCCACACCCUCCAUGGGGCCGCGGGAGACAGGUGCCACUCCUCCGCGCCCGCGCAGCCCUCACACUCCGCCUCAGCCUCCGCCGCGCCCGCUGCCAUGUUCCCCUACCCGAGCCAGCACGGAGCCGCCUUCUCCAUCGGCGGCGCCCCCGGCCGCUACGUGCACGCGCACCCCCACCACCACCACCACCACCACCCGGUCCUGGCCAACGGAGCCUACAGCGGCCUGCUGGGCGCCUCGCCGCCGCCCGCCUACCCGCCGGCCGCCGGCUACCCGCCGUACGCGCCGCAGUACGGACACGCGUACCAGAGCGCCGCCUUCUACCAGUUCUCCCCGGCCCAGGCGGUGCCCGGCAAGGCGCAGGUCUACCUCUGCAACCGGGCCCUGUGGCUCAAGUUCCACCGGCACCAGACGGAGAUGAUCAUCACCAAGCAGGGGAGGCGGAUGUUCCCCUUUUUAAGCUUCAACAUUUCCGGCCUGGACCCGACGGCUCACUACAACAUUUUUGUGGACGUGAUCCUGGCGGACCCCAACCACUGGCGCUUCCAGGGGGGCAAGUGGGUCCCUUGCGGCAAGGCGGACACCAACGUCGUCGGGAACCGGGUCUACAUGCACCCGGACUCCCCGAACACAGGCGCGCACUGGAUGCGUCAGGAGAUCUCCUUCGGCAAGUUGAAGCUGACCAACAACAAAGGUGCCUCCAACAACACGGGCCAGAUGGUGGUCCUGCAGUCCCUGCACAAGUACCAGCCCCGGCUCCACGUGGCGGAAGUCAACGAGGACGGCACGGAGGACAGCAGCCAGCCCGCCAGAGUCCAGACUUUCACUUUCACGGAGAGCCAGUUCAUCGCCGUCACGGCCUACCAGAACACUGACAUCACGCAACUGAAAAUCGACCACAAUCCGUUUGCCAAAGGAUUUCGGGACAACUACGACACCGUGUACACGGGCUGCGAGCUGGAGCGCCUGACGCCCUCGCCGGGGGAGUCCCCGCGGGCGCAGGUCCUGGCGGGCCAGCGCUACAUGGCCAGCCCCUUCCUGCAGGAGCAGUUGGUCAGCACGUACGCCAAGUCCCGCUUCCACCACCCGGCGGCCGGCACGGAGCUGGCCAUGCCCCUGGGCAACAGCUUGCUGUCCGCCCCGCAGCAGAGCGAGGAGGCCCCCAUGGGCGGCCCCCCGCAGCGGUGGUUCGUGUCCCCCGCCAACAACCGGCUGGACAUCGCCGCCUCGGCCUACGAGGCCGCCGACUUCGCGGGCAACGCGGCCACCUUGCUGUCCUACGCAGCGGCCGGGGUGAAGAUGCCCCUGCCCGCCGCCGGUUGCUCCAACCGGGCCCUGGGCUACUACUCGGAGUCCCCCGGCUGGGGCGGGCGCUCGCCGCCUCAGUACUGCUCGGUGGGCGGCAAGGCCAGCUCGGUGUUCCCGUGCUGGGCCAGCAGGAGCAACUGCGUGGCCGAGGACGGAGACUCCAUGCCGGGCCUGCGCUCGCCCGUCGCCUCUGAGGACGCCGCCAAGGCCAAGGACGCCGCCUCCGAGUCCAGCUGGAUCGAGACGCCCUCGUCCAUCAAGUCCAUCGACUCCAGCGACUCUGGCAUCUUUGAGGCGGUCAAACGCCGGAGACUCUCGCCGUCCUCCACCCCGCUUUCCGACACCGUGUCCCCGCUCAAGUCCGACGUCUUGACCCCCGCGGACGCCGACAAGAUCUGCCACAAGGACGCGCCGUACUACGCAUUCUAUCCCAACUUGCUGCUGCUGCCUCUCACACAUCACAUCAGUCAGUGUACACACUCACUCAUCUCCGCCCAGCACCACACCACCUGGACCCUGGACCUUGGACCCAUGGACACCCAGCAGGACCAGGAUGUGCAGGACCAGGAUGUGCAGGACCAGGAUGUGCAGGACCAGGACUUGCAGGACCAGGACCUGCACUUGCAGCCGCUGCUACACUCGCGGGAUGAUGAGGAAGCUGUGGUGGACAGAGGAGGGAUGCGCUUCCAACAAAGUGCCAACUUUGAACAGGAAGAUCUUGAAGGACACAGGACUCUGUACAUCGGGGUCCACGUGCCUCUGGGCAGCAGCAGGCAGCGCAGCCGUGGCAGACAUGGUCACCAUGGCAACAAGCACAGACGGAGGAGCAGGGAGCAGGUGCACACCCUUCUGGAGGGACGCGAGUCUCCUCUUUACGACACUCCCUCGCAGAGAGUCCACCUUCUUCUGGGCGCUGAGGAUGAGGACGAGGACCACCUUCCUCACCACCUCUUCACGGAGAUGGAUGAGAUCUUUGUGAGGGAGGGGGGCCAGCUGGAGUGGCGGGAGAGUGCCAGGUGGUUGAAGUUUGAGGAGGACGUGGAGGACGGAGGCGAGCGCUGGAGCAAACCUUACGUGGCCACGCUGUCGCUGCACAGCCUGUUCCAGCUGCGGGGUUGCAUCAUCAACGGCACCGUGCUGCUGGACAUGAGGGCCCACACCCUCACUGACGUCGCAGACAUGGUGUUGGACCAGCAGGAGUUGUACUCCCCGCUGGGUGAGGAGCUGAGGAAGAAGGUGCAUGAGACCCUGCUGAAGCGCCACCAUCACCAGAACCAGAAGAAGCUGACCAAGCGCCUGCCAAUCAUGCGCUCUCUGGCGGACUUGAGUCGACGGGCCUCAGACGUCCACCUGGACAAGAACGGUCAGAUGACAUCAUCACAGUCUCAUUUAGCAGCUCCAGAUGGGAAAGAGGACGCCAGCAGAGAAAACACUUCUGUGGAUUUAAGCAAGACGGAGCUUCACUUCAUGAAGAAGAUCCCCCCAGGUGCUGAGGCGUGCAACGUACUCGUGGGGGAGUUGGACUUUCUCAACAAACCGGUGGUGGCUUUUGUCCGACUCACACCAGCAGUUCUUUUCUCCGGACUGGCUGAAGUCCCCAUCGCCACAAGGUUUCUCUUCAUUCUCUUGGGACCACCUGGACGAGGGCCCGAGUACCACGAGAUAGGACGGUCCAUAGCUACCCUCAUGACGGACGAGGUGUUCCACGACGUGGCCUAUAAAGCCAAGGACCGCAAUGAUCUGAUCGCCGGCAUUGACGAGUUCCUGGAUCAGGUCACGGUCUUGCCGCCAGGAGAGUGGGACCCCUCCAUUAGAAUAGAACCACCCAAGAAUGUUCCUUCCCAGGAGAAGAGAAAGAAAAAGCCCGAACUGAAGGAGUCGAGUGAGGGCGAUGAAGAGGACCAUGGAGGCCAUGGAGGUCCUGAGCUGCAGCGAACUGGGAAGUGGUUCGGAGGUCUGAUUCUGGACAUGAAGCGCAAGGCCCCCCACUACGUGUCAGACUACACGGACGCAUGCAGCCUGCAGUGUGUGGCCUCCUUCCUCUUCCUCUACUGCGCCUGCAUGUCCCCCGUCAUCACCUUCGGGGGACUGCUGGGCGAGGCAACGGAAGGACGCAUAAGCGCAAUCGAGUCACUUUUUGGAGCCUCGCUGACGGGAAUAGCUUAUUCCUUGUUUGCUGGACAGCCGCUCACCAUUCUGGGCAGCACCGGCCCCGUGCUCGUUUUUGAAAAGAUAUUAUUCAAAUUCUGCAAGGAGUACGGCCUGUCCUAUCUGUCCCUGAGGACCUGCAUCGGCCUGUGGACGGCCGUCCUCUGCAUGGCCCUGGUGGCCACGGACGCCAGCGCCCUGGUCUGCUACAUCACGCGCUUCACGGAGGAAGCCUUCGCCUCGCUCAUCUGCAUCAUCUUCAUCUACGAGGCCCUGGAGAAGCUGCUGGCCCUGGGGGACCACUACCCCUUCAACAGGAACAACCGGCUGGACAAGCUCACCUUGUACUCAUGUUCCUGCGUGGAACCCUCCGACCCCACCAACGCCACCCUCAAGUUCUGGGACUUCAACAACAUCACGGCCUCGGAGAUCUACUGGGAGGCCCUGGAGGUGCAGGACUGCGUGGAGAAGCGCGGGGAGUUUGUGGGCCGGGCCUGCGGCGCCAAGGGCCCCUACGUUCCUGACGUGCUCUUCUGGUGUGUCAUCCUCUUCUUCUCCACCGUCUUCAUGGCCUCCUUCCUCAAGGAGUUCAGGUUCAGCAACCACUUUCCCACCAAGGUGAGGUGUGUCAUUAGUGACUUUGCAGUUUGCAUCACCAUCUUCACCUUGGUCCUGGUGGACUACGCCUUAGGGAUCCCUUCUCCAAAACUGAAGGUGCCCAGCGUCUUUAAGCCAACCAGAGAUGAUCGAGGCUGGCUCAUCAACCCCCUGGGCCCCAACCCCUGGUGGACCGUGGUCAUAACUCCGUUCCCAGCUCUGCUGUGCACCAUCCUGAUCUUCAUGGACCAGCAGAUCACGGCGGUCAUCAUCAACCGGACGGAGCACAAGCUGAAGAAAGGCUGCGGCUACCACCUGGACCUGUUCGUGGUGGGCGUGAUGCUGGGCGUCUGCUCGCUGAUGGGCCUGCCCUGGUUCGUGGCGGCCACCGUGCUCUCCAUCACGCACGUCAACAGCCUGAAGCUGGAGUCCCGCUGCUCGGCACCCGGGGAGCAGCCCAAGUUCCUGGGCAUCAGGGAGCAGCGCUUCACUGGACUCAUGAUCUUCACCCUCAUGGGCUGCUCCGUCUUCAUGACCUCUGUGCUCAAGUACAUCCCCAUGCCGGUGUUGUACGGUGUCUUUCUCUACAUGGGAGCCUCUUCUCUCCGAGGAAUACAGUUCUAUGACCGGCUGAGACUGUUCAGCAUGCCCGCCAAGCACCAGCCAGACCUGGUCUACCUGCGCCAUGUCCCCUUGAGGAAGGUGCACCUGUUCACUCUCAUCCAGUUCAGCUGCCUCAUGCUUCUCUGGCUCAUCAAAACCUCCAAGGCGGCCAUCGUCUUCCCCAUGAUGGUGUUAGCGCUGGUCUUCAUCAGGAAGCUGCUGGACUUUAUCUUCACCAAGCGAGAGCUGAGCUGGCUGGACGACCUCAUGCCCGAGAGCAAGAAGAAGAAGCUGGAAGAUGCCGAUGAGGAGGAAGAGCAAAGCAUCCUAGCGGAGGACGAGGCUGUCCUGCAAGUGCCGUUGGAGCGCUGCACAGGGUUACCUGUCAUCAACAUCACAGACGAGAUGUCCAAAGGUCCAUUUGGAAACACGUGGAACGCCACAGGAUAAAAUCCAAACAUUGUACAGUAAGACAGGCGGAUCCUUACAGGGGCGGCCUAGCUCGGUUGGUAGAGCGGCCGUGCCAGCAACUUGAGGGUUGCAGGUUCGAUUCCCGCUUCCGCCAUCCUAGUCACUGCCGUUGUGUCUUUGGGCAAGACACUUAACCCACCUGCUCCCAGUGCCACCCACACUACUUUAAAUGUAACUUAGAUAUUGGGUUUGACUAUGUAAAGCGCUUUGAGUCACUAGAGAAAAGCGAUAUAUAAAUAUAAUUCACUAAUUCACUUCACAGUAGUGACUUGUAGACACAAACAUGAUCAUCAACAUCUUCUUGAAGUGAUCAUGUCGAUCAAAACCAGGCAGAUAUAAUUAUGUGUUGUGUUUUUAUAACAAAUUCAUGUUUCUUUUAGAUGCAUUUUUUAUGUUCAGUCAACCCCCUAAAUAUCUAUCUAU